GGUUGUGAGUGAGGUGGGCGGGUCGCCGAAGAGCCUGAGGAAGAGGGCGGCGGCGGCGGCGGCUGUGGUGACUGAGCGGAUCCCAGUGACAGGAUGGCUGGGCACAGAUUGGUGUUGGUAUUAGGAGACCUGCACAUCCCACACCGGUGCAACAGUUUGCCAGCUAAAUUCAAAAAACUGCUGGUGCCGGGAAAGAUUCAGCACAUUCUCUGCACUGGAAAUCUUUGCACCAAAGAGAGUUAUGACUAUCUCAAGACUCUGGCCGGUGAUGUUCAUAUUGUGAGAGGAGACUUCGAUGAGAAUCUGAAUUAUCCAGAACAGAAAGUUGUGACUGUUGGGCAGUUCAAAAUUGGUUUGAUCCAUGGACAUCAAGUUAUUCCAUGGGGAGAUAUGGCCAGCUUAGCUCUGUUGCAGAGGCAGUUUGAUGUGGACAUUCUUAUCUCGGGACACACACACAAAUUUGAAGCAUUUGAGCAUGAAAAUAAAUUCUACAUUAACCCAGGUUCUGCCACUGGAGCAUAUAAUGCCUUGGAAACAAAUAUUAUUCCUUCAUUUGUAUUGAUGGAUAUCCAGGCUUCUACAGUUGUCACUUAUGUGUAUCAGCUAAUUGGAGAUGACGUGAAAGUAGAACGAAUCGAAUACAAAAAAUCUUAAAGCCAGGCCUGUCUUGAUUUUUCUGUUGGUUUUUUUGUUUUUUUUAAUUCCCCUGUUCAAAUCAAGUAAUUAAACAUUUAAGAGCCACAAAAUUGUAUCACUUUUAUAAUAUUUUGCAGUAAAAUAUAUCAUCUUCUGUUAAUACAAUGUUCUAAGCUUCUUGUAAACUAUAAGAAUUUAUUGAGUUUAAGUAUAUGAUUUCUAUGAACAAAUGUCCACCACACGGUAAAUGGUCACGUUAAGAAAAAUUUAUCCUUGUAAAUAUCUUCAAAGUUGAUAUUUGGAACUUUAUUACAAAAGUAGUGCAUGAGGAGAAAGAAUCUGGACUUUCUUGUAUACAUUUUUCUCUUCUCCAGUAAUAAACAGUUGCCUUUCAUUUAUA